GUAGUUCACUUUAAUUUUUACAACAGGGAUAAUGUGGAAUGGUCAGAAGAGCAGGAAGCCACUGCCAGGAGUAAAGUUCAAGAGAACAGCUCACAGCUAUUGCCACAAGAUAAACAAGAGGAAUAUGAGGUGAAUGCUAAGAGAUACUGGGAUGACUUUUAUAAAAUCCAUGAAAAUGGCUUCUUCAAGGACAGGCACUGGCUGUUCACUGAAUUUCCUGAGCUGGUACCAAAUAGGAACCCGAGUCAAAAUGAGGAUUCUCUGUGUGAAUUUAGCUGCAAAGAGCCCAAAAAUGAAGGGCUGGGAAGCUGUGAAAAUGGACAUUGCACGGUAGAAACCAGAGCAGAGAAUCAGUUAAACCUGAUAAAAAACAGGUCUACAUUCUGUGCAGAAGAGCUGGCUCCACAGAAGCUGAAACGAAGUGAUGAAGAUUACCCAGGAUCUUCUGCUUCUUACCGUAUAUUAGAGGUUGGCUGUGGUGCUGGAAAUACAGUCUUCCCAAUUUUACAAACCAACAAUGAUCCAGGCCUUUUUGUUUAUUGCUGUGACUUUUCUACAACAGCUGUGGAUCUUGUCCAGAGCAAUGUGGAAUAUGAUUCUUCUCGCUGCUUUGCAUUUGUUCAUGACCUCUGCAAUGACCAAAGUCCUUUCCCAAUGCCAGAUGAAAGCCUUGACAUUGUCAUUCUCAUCUUUGUCCUCUCAGCGAUUCUCCCAGAGAAGAUGCAGUGUGUCAUUAACAAACUGAGUCGUCUUCUGAAACCUGGAGGAAUGAUUUUGUUACGAGAUUAUGGCCGUUACGACCUAGCCCAGCUUCGGUUCAAGAAAGGUCAGUGUCUGUCUGCUAACUUCUAUGUGAGAGGUGAUGGCACCAGAGUCUAUUUCUUCACCCAAGAUGAAAUAGAUGAUCUCUUCACAAGAGCUGGCCUGCAGAAAAUACAGAAUCUGGUUGAUCGUCGACUGCAAGUGAACCGUGGGAAGCAAAUGACAAUGUAUCGAGUAUGGAUCCAGUGCAAAUACCAAAAGCCUGCUGCCCCUCAGCUGUGAGGAAGCAGGGUGUGCUUUGUCAGAUUUUAUCCUCUUUGUGGCCAUGUGCAGUCUCCUCCUGGUGACGUGUAUUGUUGAGGAAGUCAGCGUGCACAGAACCUCAGUGCCUUUUAUAGCACCUAGCAUCACUUCAAAUGAGUUUUGCUAAGGACAAAUGGUCUAGGAGGAGACCAACCAGUAUUUAAGGUGUCUUGCUACUGGGCUGGAUUUUUAAAGUUUAUAGUUUUUAACAACAUAAGAAAGUCGUGCUAGGAGGAGCUGAACAAGUUGAGUAGCAACUCUCUUCCUGUGGAUCUCUACGUGAAACAAGAUCUUCAACCUUGUCUCUGUGUUGUGUACUCUUGUUCUUUUGUUCCCAAGAUACAGUUGGUAAAUCUGAUUUCCUUUGCAGCUGGUUACUAGGUACAAUAUGGAUCCCUUUGCCAACUUAUCUCAUGCAAUUCUCUUCCAGUCCUUCAGACUUGUGCAGAUUCACCAGUUAAAAUACAUUUAUUGAGGACAUGAA